CCGGAAGUGACGAACGAGUCCACCGAAUCGGUGACUGCGGUUGGGGCUGCCGCCACCAUGGGCCGCGAGUUUGGGAAUCUGACGCGAAUGCGGCAUGUGAUCUCCUACAGCUUGUCACCUUUCGAGCAGCGCGCCUUCCCGCACGUCUUCUCUAAAGGAGUCCCCAACGUGGUGCGCCGCGCUCGGGAGUCUUUCCUUCGCGUGGUGCCGCCGUUUAUAGGGUUUUAUCUUCUCUACACAUGGGGGACUGAAGAGUUUGAGAGAUCCAAGAGGUAGAAUCCGGCCGACUACGAAAAUGACAAAUAAGCAAUGCAUCCGAAUGACAGUUCCCUGACUCUGAAAGACCUUUCUCUGGAAGAGGAGUC